AUGAGAAGAGACGUUCGUAUUCUUCUUGUUGGUGAUGAGGGGGUUGGUAAAAGUACGCUUAUCGCUUCGUUGAUAAAAGAAACUUUUAUACCAAACGUUCAACACCUUAUACCCGAAGUUACCAUUCCUCCUGAAGUCACCCCGGAAAAUGUCACAAUGCACAUCAUGGACUCUUCUGCUCGCCCUGAGGACCGCGAACAGACAGAAGCAGAAAUACGAAAGGCACAUGUGAUUUGCAUUGUAUAUGCCAUAGAUGACCCAAAUACGUUCAAUAGACUCUCUCUAUAUUGGCUACCUUACAUUCGAUCAUUAGGCGUCAAUGUACCUGCAGUUCUGGUGGGUAACAAGAUUGAUCUACGUGGAAAUGACGUGGCAAAUCAAGCUCUUGAAGAUGAAGUGAUACCCAUUAUGAACGAAUUCAAGGAAGUAGAAACAUGCGUCGAAUGUUCAGCCAAACAGUUAUUAAACGUCUCUGAAGUAUUCUAUUUUGCUCAAAAAGCUGUACUUCAUCCCACAGCUCCACUCUAUGACUCACGAGAACAUGUUCUCAAACCUCAGUGUGUCGAAGCUUUGAAGCGUAUAUUCAAAUUAUGUGAUACAGAUAAGGAUGAUGUAUUAAAUGACGACGAAUUGAAUGAGUUUCAGAGAAAGUGCUUUAAUGCACCUCUACAGCCUCAGGAGUUAGAGGGUGUCAAGGAUGUCGUGAGAGAGCAUGAACCAAAAGGAGUGAGUGAAGCUGGAUUGACCGAAAUAGGAUUCAUCUUUUUACAUUCACUCUUCAUUCAACGUGGAAGACUCGAGACCACCUGGACCGUGCUGCGAAAAUUCGGGUACGGGGAUGAUCUUGAUCUACGCGAAGAUUUCUUACUGCCAUAUCUCGAAGUACCCUCGGAGUGUUCUGUCGAGUUGAGUCCUUUGGGCUACCAGUUUUUUACAGAACUAUUCCAGAUAUUUGAUAAAGAUAAAGACGGUGCAUUAAAUAGAAAGGAACUAGACUCACUCUUUAGUACAUCUCCUGGAAAUCCCUGGGUCAACACUGGCUUUCCACAUACAACUAUCACAACUGAAACAGGAUCUGUUACCUUGCAAGGAUGGCUAGCACAAUGGAGCAUGACGACUUUACUAGAUUACAAAACCACGUUAAAAUACUUGGCCUAUCUUGGUUUCGAAGGUGAUACGCGCACGGCACUCAAGGUGACAAAACCUAAAAAGGUCGAUCGCAAAAAGGGCAAGAUACAGCGUAACGUGUUCUCCUGUUAUGUAUUUGGUGCACCAGGCUCAGGCAAGACCUCCCUCCUCAAGGCAUUUGUUCAUAAACCUUUCUCAGAAAAGUAUACGCCUACAACAGAACCAUUUCAAGUUGUCAAUUCGGUCGAAAUGAAGGGAGCAGAAAAGUACUUGGUGAUGCAGGAAGUCGAGUCGAGUCGGGUGUCUGAGAUAUUAUCCAACAAGCGAAAACUGGAGCAGUGUGAUUUAUUAUGCUUUGUUUAUGAUACAAGUGAUGCCAACUCAUUUGGUUAUGUUGCAGCUUUAAGAGAAAAGUACAAGAUUGAUCAUAUCCCUACCGUUUUUGUGGCUACUAAAUGUGAAUUGGAUUUAGUCACUCAGCGUUAUGAAGUUCAGCCUGACACUUACUGUACAAAGCUUGAUCUAGCUGCACCACUCAGUGUAUCUGUCAAGGAAAAUCAGAUGGCAGACCUUUACCACAUCCUAACAGGUGUCGCCAUGAACCCGUAA